AUGGUUUGCGAAGACGACACCAGCCAUCCCAAAUAUGCUUCGCCACGCAAUAGCACCGUGUCAGCACUUCGAUCGGGCCCGGGUAGUGCAAAGAGCCCCCGAGUUACAGCAUUCCACACCGCGCUGUUAAUGCCAUUUUUGAUCAGAUCUGUUAACGCCGCAUGCUCUGGUGAUUGUGCUCCUCCCGAGGGAUGGGAUAACUUCGUGAACAAUCUUGCGUCCGACUUAGCACCACUACUCACCCUUCUGGGUGAGCAGGUGACAACGCAAUAUUUGAACGAGUCGCUGAGCUGGAUUGAUAGUCUACUGUUCGCGUUUGCUCCUUUAGGUAUCAUUUCAGCAAUGGUUGCCGCAAUUCGGGUUGCGGGCAGGCCAUUACUUUGGUCCCUAAUCGGCAGGGCAAAGGAAAGUCGUGGAACCGUUGAAGCCGAGUUGAUGUCUUCAACAUCAUCCGAUGUUUGCGAGCUAUGGGGAGGUGAAGGUGUUUCUCGCGUGCUUGGAUCUCCAGUCCUUCUGCAGUUGGUUUAUGUAGGAUCUGGAGAUGUUGAACAAUCGGAGGAUGAAAAGUCGCCUACUGUCAAGAACUCCGAGGGAGUUUACCUAUUUCAUGAAGCAAUUAGGUUGGAUAUCUACCGAAGAAAGGGGGACGCAGGUCCAUCACCAGGUAUACAAGAGAGUGUAGAUAUGGAGGCGAAUAACGACAUAGAUGAUUUCCUUACUCGACAAAAUCCCCCAAACCUCUCUUUGAACGUCAGUAUCAGACCUCUCGACCCUAAGGUGCUCAUUACCUUUGCAUGCAUCGGAUUCUUUAUGCAAGCUGGAGUUCUCGUAUAUGCUGCAAUAUCUCAAUACCACUUGAAACUUGUCAAAAGCGGUAUCGAAGUCCCAGCCUACGGCUUUCCUAUCCUCCUCACAGGAACACUUAGUCUGGCGAUUGGUAUGUUCUUAUGUGCGCAGGCCGUGGAGACCAGCACAAAAGAGGAAACCUGGGAGCCGACGGAAAAGGGCGAUUCCAAAUCCGUUGUAUGGCUACAACAAGGAGGACAAACUGUUGGUGAUCAGCGAUUUGGAUCAUUCGCACGGCGAUCCGGAAUAAAAUUUCCCGAAAACCGUGUUCUAACUUCAGAAAAGGCGGGAAAAGGCAAACCGGUUCUUGUUACGGCUGCCAUCAGCACUGCCUUCUUCGGUUUCGUUGCUCAGUUUGUCGGAUUACGCGCAAUGCAUCCAUCAGUCACCAUUGCACAACUGGGGGCAGUUCUGAUAAUGACUGUUCUGCGGUCUUGUGCUCGUAUACAACGGGAAGGCCGCAAUGAUAUUGAAGAUCCCGAUGAGAUAGAAGGCUAUGAGUUGGAUUGGUUGGCGAAGGAUUUGAAAGGUUGUCAAUCUUGGGAGAUCAACACCGGUCGUGAAACAUCUUGUAAAGUUCCAAUGUCCCCAACUUCAUUCGAGGUGUCCUCGGCAAAUGCAAAGGAAAUUACCAAAUCGACCGCUGCAUCAAUAGAGAGAAUUUGGUCUCAAGCCAGUCCGCCUCAGAAUCCUGAUGAUAAGCACUCAGACGUGGUAUCGGAAGCUCCUUCGUCCGAUGAAGAGGAUAUGGAUACACCCGAACAACGGUUUCCAACUCAAAACGAUGUCAAUGCUGCAGUGAUGAGGACUCGAGCUCGUCUAGCCAGACUUUCGCAUGACUGGAUGUUUGGUGGUAGGAAGAAGGCAGAGGUGCUGCAUAAUCUCAUUGAAGAAACGAUGAACGAGGUUUUUGACAACAUGACCAUCCGUGAUGACCUGAAAACUGAAAGAGAAAUCUCCUGGGUCAUACCAGUCGAGGCUUCAUUUAAAGAUUCAACCACGAAUACCGAACAGAUCAACCUGAUUUUCAGUAGAAAGCUCAACGAAAACCAGAGCUUUGGCGCCUGGACCAUUGAGAAGAGCGAAUUGGAAGCCGUUCUGUGCCUUUGGACAUCCUCGAUUGUUAGGGCCGAUAGACAACGGGCAAGGGAUAGGUUGCCCCGUUUCAAGCGGGUUAGAAUCUUAGCGUGUGCUACAGAAUUAACAAGCACACACUACAAUGUCUGGGUACCUCGCGCAAGAAACCCCAAGCUGGAAAGGCUGUAUGAUGAGGAUACCAGAUACUACGGAUACACAAGAGCCCCCUCCAGGGAUCAAGUCAGCUCAACCGGGUAUCUUUAUGUCGACGCCGAAGGAGAUUCGAGCACUUUAUGUGCCCAGGAGCUUUAUAGUUUAUUCAUUUUCGAGCUUGCUGGGAUGGUACAAGAGAUUGGGGGAGUCACUAUACCCCAUAAUAAAGAUGCGAUCACCAGGGCUGCCGGUACAUUAGACGGUCCCAACACCGAAGCCUUUCGUCUUCAUAAUUCGAACCUUGGACAUCUCGCGGAUAUAUAUAAUGGGCAUGGACUAGGAACCACUGAAGAUGCAUAUUUCUCCAUUAUUUCAGCUUUUGGGUCUGCAGGAAAGCUUCCUUACCCGUACGAGACCUGCCUUGAAGUCAUGAAUAAUUCACAAGAGCUGGCUAAAUCUGGGAAGUGGAGAGAUGGUCUUGAGAACGAUUCGUGGCUAUAUAAAAACUCAAAGUCGGAAAACGCACCGAUGAACCUCACCAAUGUCAUUACGAGGCCACUCUUUGAACAAACUCGGAGGUUGGCGAAAAACAUCACACGUUUCGACAGGCAGGAUCAAAUUCAGGAAAUGUGGGAAGCGACUCAUUCGUACUGCAAAUUACUUCGAGCAGAGAAAUCAGAGAAGCGAGCCCUAGGGCUUGUAACCUUAUGCCUAACCUGCACAAGGGCUAAUUCCGAGUUUGGUCACGAAGCGAUGACUGGCCUUCUCUGCGAUACGAUCCAGUCUUUUGGUGGCAAGAAAAUGCAUAAUAAUCAAGAUUUUAAGGCAAGGGUCCAGGCGUUAUGGAAGAACGAAGCAUUUUCUGAUUUCAGAUUCACUGCAAGAUUUCUGUGGGAGAACACAGUCGAUGGGUGGCUUCAGAGCGAUCAAGAACAAUGUCCUUUAAUAUCAAGGGUAUUGAUCGAUGUUCUACGGGACAUUGAUGGUGUUCUAUUCAACGUCGAACUUCAGAGAUACCUCGCGACACCAACGUGUCUGAAGUCCGCCGCAGCGGUCACUGCCGAUCGUGGUAUUUCUAUUGAGGAAUCCAAGGAUGGCCUUUUCCCAAUUGAUCUAUUAUUGAUCAGGAAAUAUCGAUCCCCGGUUCAGAUGGCAGCGGAAGUUGGUAAUUUGCAGAUUUUACGAGCUCUCUUGGAGGCCGGGGCUGAUAUAAUCAAUGAAAAACCCGCACCACAUUACGGCAGAACUGCGUUACAGGCAGCAGCAGGGGCUGGGCAUAUGAACAUCGUUUCUCUGCUUAUCGACAAGGGUGCAAAAAAGGAUGAAGAGCCGGCACCUUACUAUGGUCGCAGGGCAUUACAAGCCGCUGCAGGAGCUGGGCACCUGAAGGUUGUCAAGUUUCUCUGUAAUGACUUGAAGGAUAUCAAACCGCAGGGCGCUGGGGGGGCAAUAUCAAUACCCAUAACAAAAGUGACACAGAAAGCGGACGCAACUAAGGAUGCGGGUGAUGGGAAGAGCUAUUCUCCUGAUGAUAUUGCAUUCGUCAGUGGUGCGCCAGCACCGCAUCAUGGACGCACAGCAUUGCAGGCAGCAGCAGAGGGAGGCCACAUUGCAAUUGUGGAGUACCUUUUGGAUAUUGUAGAGGUUGAAAACGAAACAACCAGCGACCCGGGGGUAACAGCACUGGAGGCAGCAGCAAGCGGCGGCCACGCGACCAUCGUUAUGGCGCUCAUAAAGGCUGGCGCCGACAUAGACGAAAAUCUAGAAUCCCCCGUGGGGAAGACAGCUUUUGAGGCCGCUGUUUCUAAUGGUCAUAUGGGUACAAUCAAAUCGCUUCUCAGGUGCAACUUCAACCGCCAGAAAACAUUGGUGAGAGCGAUAGAACGGGGGUAUAACGAUGUGGUCCGACAUCUCUUUUCCCAUGCAGGUGUCAAACCGAAUCUCAAUGGGGAGGAUGCGCAAACCCUCCUAGAUACGGCAGCUAAUCACGGCAAGUCGGCCAUUAUAAAGAUACUCAAGGAGAACGGGUUAAAUAUCGAGAGUGUAAAUGGUGAUGGGCGUACAGCAUUACAUAUAGCGGCAUUACAAGGCGAUUUGAAACAGGUGGAAGCCCUUCUGAAGGGCGGGUCAGACCUGGAGAAGGGUGACAAUCUCGGAGAUACGCCUUUAACUCUUGCAGCUUACUUUUCCCACCCAGAGAUGGUCGAUUUGCUUCUGAAGCUAGGCGCAGACAUUCACAGGGCCGACAACAGCGGUAACACGGCACUACAAAAUGCAGUGAGGCUAGGAAAGGAAUCCAGCCAAAAGGUUGUAGAAAUACUUCUUGAUAAUGGGGCAGAGAUCGAGAGGGCAGACAACCUUGGAGAUACGGUUCUGACUCUUGCAACCCAAUAUGCCGACAAGGACGUGAUUGAGUACCUGCUGAAUAGGGGUGCCGACAUUCACAAGGUCGAUGACUACGGGGGCUCAGUCCUGCACCACGCAUCAAUUUCAGACAAAGAGGACCGUGUGGAGGUUAUUGAACUACUUCUCGCAAACGGGGCAGAUAUCGAAAGAGCAAACGUUCCUGGGGGCACGCCAUUCCUGGUCGCUGCACAGAAUGGGCACAUUCCUCAGGCAGAAGCUCUUCUGAAGCACAGGGCAGAUAUAAAGAAGACGGAUAACCUCGGUGAUACGGCUAUGACACUCGCGGUUGCCGCCGCCCAGACUGAUAUGGUCGAGUUCCUUAUAAAUAAUGGCGUAGACAUUCACAGGCCUGACAAUUAUGGGAAUACACCAAUACACCACUCGGCUCUCUCGGACAAAGGCGACUGCACAAAGAUUAUUGAGAUUCUUCUUCAGCACGGAGCAAAUCUUGAGACAUCAAAUGGCCCUGGGCGCACACCUUUGCUUGUAGCCGCACAAUCAGGGCACGUAGUACAGGCAGAAGCCCUUCUGAAGCACGGGGCAGAUAUCAAGAAGAUUGACAACCUCGGGGAUACAGCUCUAAGUCUGGCAGCUUUCGCCGUGAAGGAGGAUAUGGUUGAAUUCCUUCUAAAGAACGGUGCGGAUGUUCAUACGGCGGAUAAGGAGGGUAAUUCACCACUGCAAAACGCGAUUAUCUUUGGGAAAGAGGCCAGCGCGAAGAUUGUGGAGUAUCUAUGUCAAUACGGGGCGGAUAUUGAGCGGCAUAACAAUGAAGGAUUGUCGGCACUACAAAUUGCUGUUAGGGAUGGUUAUAAAGAGGUGGAGACUAUACUGCAGCAGGCGUUGAAGGAUAGGGCGAAAUAG